AUGUCCGACCGCUUCUCCCUGAAGCUGACCAGCGCCAAGCAUGGCGCAGCGACCGGCGCGUCGGCGGCGGCGGCUGACGCUUCAAGGGUCUCGCGCCGUGAGAAGCUGGCGGAGUACCUGCAGAGCCGGCGUGUGGAAAUGGCGACGACCAGCCGCGCCUCUGCCACCACCAAGCCUGUGGCCUCGGGCGCCGCACGGGGCAUGUCCAAGGCAGCCAUCGACCGCCUUAGCAAGCCCAAAGUCAGCUCGUACACCAGCUCGUACCGCCCGACGGCUGGACAGGCAAAGCCCGAAAUCAGUGGACGAACGGCGUCCCAGGUGCCGUUGAAGUCGGACGCUGGACCGUCCAAGUCGUCUCGGACGACUUUCGACAAACCUCCACCGCCGCCGGUGGCCGCCGUCGUCGAUGCCAAGCCCGUGGCCGCCGAGCCGCGCCUUGGUGUCGCAGCAGAAGCAAGCGCAAAGCCUCCAUCGCUGACGACCGAGUCUUCAUUCAGCGCGCUGCGGUAUCAACCUCGAACUGCAGCAUCUACAGCUGACGAUACGCUGCAACAUGUCAAGACGCGACUCAUGUUUGACGACUCGGACGACGACGAUGACGACGAAGUCGACUACCUUGCGCCAUCCGCUGCGCCACUCACGGCGCCACCCACUGCGCCUUCCGAAGCGCAGCCCAUUGCGCCAGCGACACCCGAGCCGACGCGGUCACUCGUGCACGGAAGCAGCGCCAAGACAGAACGCUUCAGUGCCUUCAAGCAGCCGCGGUCCCUCGACAAGGCUGUUGCCGCGUCUCCGUUUGGCAACGCGCCAAGCUACCUACGUCAAGAGAGCGCAACGUUCGACCUCGAACGCAAGCCAGCACCGUCGCCGCUUCACGAAGCCAAGACGCCGGAGACGACCAAGUCGACCUACCAUUCGCUCCCGUCGAGCUCGAGUGCCCUGCGGCAUCAAAAGCAAGCAGACGCGCCAAUGGCGCAGCGAGAUGUCCUCUCGUCGCACUUCAAGGUCAAGAAGAGCGCGUUCCCCGAAUCUGCAACGCCCAAGUUGGCGCCAUCGAGCGUCACCAAGCCCCUUCCGUACACCAAGACGGACGAGGCAGUGCCUACCUCCAAAGCCCUUCUCUUCACCAAGGCGGACGAGGUGGGUCCGUCGACCGAGACGGCCUUCCGGUCCGUCGAAGUCCCGUCGUCGCACUUCAAGGCCAAGAAGCCUGCCGACGCGACGCCCAAGGAGCCGGUGCAAACGCUCCUGUCGACGCACUUUAGGCCCGCCGAGGUGCCGUCCAAAGCAGCGCCGUCGCCGAAGAAGGACGUCGAGUUUACGACCGCGCUCCAGACGCAGCUCCGCGCGCGUCUCGACGAAGCGCUGUACAUCUCCAAGUUUACCCUCGGCGGUGCGCGCGCAGUCUUUGACGACAUUGCGCGCAACUGCCCGAGCGUCGUGCUGACGAAGGCGGUCUUUUGGCUGGCGCGGGCGAGCGUGGAAGAGGAGCAUAAGGAUCUCAUGCGCGCCGACCAAAUGUUUGUCGAUGGCCUCGACACGGUGCUGGAGCCGCUGGAGAAGGUGAUCCUCGAGGCCGCGCGGACCGAGUUGCACGGACGCACCCAACUGAGCCAACCGGCCGUCAAGAACAUCGUGGUCGAAGACAAGACGGUGCCGCUGACGCCCGAGAAGAAGGCCGAGUUCCUCGAAGACCUCUUUGCCCAAGGCCAGCUCGAGGAAAGCUUUUGCUUCGAGUCACACGAGACGCCGCCGACGCAGACCAAGCCGCUGCUGCCGCCAGCGCACAAGUACAACUCGACGACCAAGCAGCGCCCGCCAACGUCGUCGAACGAGGCGUCGCCGACGUACAGCCACUUCAAGCCGCCGUCCGCGGUCAAGAAGAUCGACUUUGGCACGCCACCGCACAGCGUUGGGUUCGGCACGCCGCCGUAG